AUGAAAAGUUUAUUCAAUGGAUUACACUAAUCUGUAUCCACGCGUUUGAGAAAUUAUUUGCCAGAUUAGAAUUUAUUAAUUUUAACUAUAUUAGUUACUUAAAUAAAUUAAACUCAUUUUUGUAUAUGGCGACUGUUGAAGAAAUUGAUAUUUUGGACAGUGGUAUGGGCAGCAGUGAUAUGCGUUCUCCAGAAAUAAAGUCUAUUCUUCCUGAGGAAGAAGAUGAAGAGGAUGAAAGCUUAUCAGAGAGACUUCUUGGUUUAACAGAAAUGUUCCCUGAAGAGGUACGAAAUUUCGGGUAUAAUGUAAUAACAGGUUUAACUUCUCACAUUAAAACUCUCUACAAUUUUUCAUGCUCAGCAACGUGGGUAUUGUUUAGUUCAUCAGCUAUUUUAUUUGCACCAAUUUUGAUUGAAAUAGAACGAGCACAGAUGGAAGAAAUGCAGCGUUCACAGCAAAAACAAGUUCUUUUAGGACCUAAUACAUCUGUAUCUCAUAUGGGUGGACCUGGUAUGGCAAUAGGACACCCUCUUCAACGAUAAAAACUUCUCAGUAACGAAAAUAACGCGAUCAAAAAAUCAGCAACCAUUACUGAAAACGUUUAACCACAUUCUCCAUCGUUAAUGUUGUAAAACACCUAAAAUACCUUAAAUAGAUGUAAUCCCAUUAUGUUGAAAUUUAUUUAUAUAUUUUCUGAAAAAAUUAAAUAUUCAAAAUGACGAAGUAGUUGAACUGUUCAGUGUGUUUGUUUAAAUAGUAAUUAUUACAGAUAUUUUUUACCUUUGUUCAUAAUGAGGUAGAAAAAUAUCUACUGAAUGCGCAAAAUUAAAAAUUUGAUAACUUAAAAUAUCAUUGUUGUCUUAUGCAUUUAUCUUAAUAUAAAUACAAUUGUUUUCAUAGAUUUUUUUGUGUAUAAAUAUUUUUAUUCUUUAAUUAAAUGCUUUUAAAUCAUUAAUAUAACAUCCGAUGUAUUAAUCCU